AUGUCAACAUCGGGCCGCAACCGCUCGGCCGCGACCCCGGAACACGAGAAUUGCAGCCUUUUCAUCCGCGGCCUGCCGGCAGGCCUGACAACGCGACAGCUGUUGGCGGGCAUCCACGGCGUCGGGCGCGUUUACGCCACGCACAGCAACCGGACUGGCCUGAGCCCAGCCGCGAGCAGCUGGUCGCGUCGUCAGGUCCGCCGGCAGGUCGAGGAUGAAAAGGCUACAAUUCUCCUGCUCCGGGGUCGCAGCGUAGCGUCUUUUUGCUAG